AUGGCUUCGUCCUCCACCAUCGCGUCCUCGUCAUUUGACGACUACAACUCUCAGCUGCAGGCCGCGGCACUAAAGGCAACUCGCGCUGCCGUUUCGUUCCCCACCGACGUCCCCUUCCACCGGUCCAUUCACCCCGAGUUCGCGAAGGAAGUAGACGCAUGCUCUUCCCGCGUUCUCUCGCUCGCAAACCAGCUUAUUGCUCUCAGCGCAACAUCCUCCAAUGCGCGCGGCAAAGGGAAGGCACGAUUGGACUCUCAGGAUGAUGUUGUGGAUGACUUCCGCUCGUUAGUGGUGGACGCGAUGGAUCUGGUCCUGGAGCGCGCGGACAUGGGCUUGGACGAGGCUCUUGGGAAUAUCAAAGCUCCGGCCAUCGCCGUCAACCCCACGGCCUCCACUUCUCAGAGGACAAAGAAAGCGAAUGUCCCCGCAGGACGACUUGACCCUGCAUUGCAACAUGCCUCACAUCUCCCGAAACCCCAACUUCUGUUCAAGCGCAAGGCUGAAAACCGCGCGGAUUCGAUGUGGACGCCGAGUCUCCGACACAAGUACAACGCGAAAGUGCCGCUGGGCCACAACUAUUCCAACGAAGGGGAGGAAGCUGUUCACUCGUUACAUCCGUACCGUUAUGAGAUCAAGCACCUGUCGUACCCUUCACGCAUGUUCAUGUCCAUACCGCCAAUCCAACCCGACCCCUUCGACGACACACCCUUCACGUGGGUCGCUUCACCCGAUGCGCUUGCGUCGAUGCUGGAAAAGCUACGCGGGUCGUCUGAGAUCGCGGUAGAUUUGGAGUACCACAACUACCGUUCAUUCGGCGGGUUUGUGUGCCUAAUGCAGAUCAGCACGCGAGAAGAGGACUUCGUCGUCGACACGCUGUUGUUACGCGAAGAGCUCGAGGACCUCAAUGAGGUCUUCACCGACCCCAGUAUUGUUAAGGUGUUCCAUGGCGCAGAGAGCGAUAUUGUUUGGCUCCAGCAAGAUUUUAACUUGUAUGUCGUGAACCUGUUCGAUACAUACCACGCCUCAAAAGUUCUAGACUUCCCUCGUCAUGGUCUGGCGUCUUUGUUGGAAAUGUACUGCGACUUUACAGCAGACAAGCGCUAUCAGCUAGCGGACUGGAGAAUACGCCCUCUACCCGAAGAGAUGCUCCAGUACGCGCGUUCCGACACCCACUUCCUUCUUUUCAUCUACGACAACCUUCGCAACGCUCUUCUCGACCGUGCGGUUUCCCGCUCGCAGUCCCGCGCCCAGAGCCCCACGUCUUCGUCCACCCCGCCUCCAGAUCCGUCGAUCCCUCCUUCCCACGCGCUUGUCCGGGAGGUCCUUGCACGUUCGGAGGAGACAGCGCUGCGCUUGUAUGAGAAGGAGGGGUACGACGCCGAGGGUGGAUCCGGCCCCGGGGGUUGGGACGGACUGGCGCGCAAGUGGAACAAGAUUCACUUCAUGGCCGUGGCGGAGGCCGCCCAGAUGGACAGCGCGAGGCGGGUCCAGCGUGCCGCAUACCUGGCGGUGCACGCGUGGAGGGACAAGAUCUCGAGGGAGGAAGAUGAGAGUACGAGAUAUGUCCUCCCGAACCACUAUAUCUUCACGCUCGCCGAGAACACCCCGGCAGACAUGGCGGCGCUGCUCUCGGUCUUCCGUCCCGUUCCGCCUGUAAUACGCAGACGCGCGAAGGACUUGUUGGACGCGAUCCGCGGCGCCGUCAAAGGAGCUCUUGCCAGCUCGGGUCAGAUCACAAGCAGCGAGUCUUCAGACCAAGUUGUCGGCGCCAUGGAUGUGGACAGCGACAAGCCUACCAUCAAGCCGCCCCCUUCCAUCACACCGUCCUCUCUGUGGUCGAACAGUGAGCCCUCCCACACAGUCUCGUCAAUCUCCGCAGUGACCUCAUCUCUCUUCGGGCCCUCGCUGAAGCGCAAUGUUAUGAUCGCUACGCAGAGCGCCCUCGUGGGCGAGUCCCUGGGCGCGGGCCAAGGCGCAAGCCGCGCGCGGUUCCUCGAAGCGACGGCGCGGAUCCACGGCGCGCUCGUCAUCGCUCCCACCGUUCCGGCCGCUGUUGAGGCGAAAGAGGAGCCUGCACAGAGCCAGGACGGCGUGCUGAAGAUGGAUGUCGAGAUUGCGUACGUCCCCGCGGCGCAACGUGCGCGUGGGUUGGGCGCACCCGAGGACGACACGAUCGUCGUCGUCGGUCAAGCGAAGAAGAAGAAGCGCAAGCGGGUGGUGGACACGGACGACGCGGGCGAAAGGACGGAGAAGGGGAAGGGGAAGUUGAAAGAGGAGGACGAGCAGGCGGAGCUGCCUGCGUUCGACUACGCAGCAGCGUCGAACAUCCUCGACGACGGAGGGGAGGACUUGGGCGCCGAGGCACCGGCGACGAAGAAGAAGAAAGGGAAAGGGAAAGGGUCUUCGAACGCGGCUUUCUAUGGGGACUUCCCGGCGGCGCCCAAGGCACACAGCCAGGUGAAGAGCGGGAACCAGUCGAGGACCUUCCGAUGA